UUUGGCCAUUAUCUGGAUGGAUGUGGGCGCUCUUGCCUUGCAGUGCUACUCCUGUCAAGGCACCAACGAUACCAGCCAGUGUCAAACAACAACAACAUGCAAUUCAUCAGAGACGUGCUUUACAAACAAAUCUUCACGUGCCUCAGGAAACAUGGUUACAAUGGGUUGUGCUUCGCUGCAGGUUUGUUCAAGCUCGGUGCAUCACGGGGGUGGGGCGUUGGUCGGUCGAGCAGUGCUUGGUGACUGCCACGAAUGCUGCUCAAGAAAUUUGUGCAAUAAAGCACUUUGCAACCACCUAGACCCAUCUGUGUGUGUGGAUGACGAAGCUACCGACUGCGCCAGACUUCAGUCACUGUUUGAUAUAUGCAAUGGGGAUGCGGAGAAGGCUGCGAGCAUAUGUCCUAAGUUCUGCAAUUUAUGCACCUACACAAAUGGACAGUGGUCGGAAUGGUCCUCCUGGUCAUCUUGUUCCAUCACAUGUGGAGAAAUGACACUAACACGGUCAAGAUCUUGCACAAACCCUGCUCCCUCCCCAAGAGGCAAACCUUGCGUAGGCUCCCCAGCGGACCACAAACAAUGUGUUCUGGAAAAAUGCCCUGUUCAUGGCGGUUGGAGUGGUUGGGUCGGAUGGGGUACUUGUUCAGCAACCUGUGGAGUUGGAAUUCAGCAUAGAGAAAGAAGCUGCACGAAUCCGGCUCCGUCUAGAUUCGGCGACCAUUGCUUUGGGGACUCAACAGAUGAUCGCGUCUGUGUAAUACGACCUUGCCACAACGGGGGUUGGUCUUCGUGGCAAGCCUGGAGUUCUUGCCCAGUUUCAUGCGGCGGAGGUUUGAAGAAACGAACACGCCAAUGCAACAAUCCAGCGCCUUCCUACUUUGGUCAUGAUUGUGUAGGGGAUGCUAUCGACACAAUGAUAUGUAACAACACUCCCUGCAACACUGUUGACGGGCACUGGUCUAUAUGGGAUGAUUGGAGUCAAUGCACCGUUCCAUGUGGCGGAGGAUACAAACAGAGGCACCGCUCCUGCAACAACCCCAGCCCCUCUCAAUUAGGACAAGUGUGCAUAGGAAGUGAUAUUAUCACAGUACCAUGCAAUGCCAAUGAAUGUGGCAAAGACGGUGCAGUGAGACUAUCGGGAUCAGGGUCCGGCCGCGUUGAAAUCUAUCUGAAUCGCACUUGGGGUACAAUUUGUGACGACUCUUUCGACAACGAGGAUGCUCAGGUCAUUUGCUUUAUGCUUGGCUAUUCCAGGUCGGGUGCUGUAGCAAAAGGCAAUGCAUAUUUUGGCCAAGGAUUGUCGAGUAUGCCAAUUUUGCUUGACGACCUCGGCUGCUCGGGGUCUGAAAACAAUGUGCUGAGUUGCAGUCACCGUCUUAAAGGGCAUGCCGACUGUGGACAUGGUGAAGACGCGGGCGUUAUUUGUCCCACAAACGGUGCAGUGACCUUAUCGGGAUCAAGUUCCAACAAAUAUCAGGGCCGCGUUGAAAUAUAUAUGAAUGACACGUGGGGUACAGUUUGUGACAAUUCUUUCGACAACGAGGAUGCUCUGGUCGUUUGUCGAAUGCUUGGAAUUUCAAGUCCGGGAGCAGUAGCAAAGAGAAGUGCACAUUUUGGGCAAGGGUCCUCGAGUAUGCCAAUUUUGCUUGACGAAAUCGGCUGCUCUGGAUCUGAAAGCAGUGUGUUGAGUUGCAGUCAUCGUCCUUUAGGGCAAAACACCUGUGGGCAUGGUGAAGAUGCGGGUGUUAUUUGUACUACAGGAACAAACUCCAGCAGCCUUCAAGGCCGCGUUGAAAUCUAUUUGAAUAACAAAUGGGGAACAAUUUGUGACGAUUCGUUUGACAACGAGGAUGCUCAGGUUGUUUGUCGUAUGCUUGGCCUACCAAGUUCGGGAGCUGUAGCAAAAGGCAAUGCAUAUUUUGGCCAAGGAUUAUCGAGUAUGCCUAUUUUGCUUGACGACCUCGGCUGCUCGGGAUCUGAAAGCAGCGUGCUCAGUUGCAGUCACCGACCUAUAGGGCAUGCAGACUGUGGACAUGGUGAAGACGCGGGCGUUAUUUGUCCCACAAACGGUGCAGUGACCUUAUCAGGAACAAAUUCCAACAAAUAUCAAGGCCGCGUUGAAAUAUAUCUGAAUGACACGUGGGGUACAAUUUGUGACAAUUCUUUCGAUAACGAGGACGCUCUGGUCGUUUGUCGAAUGCUUGGAAUUUCAAGUCCGGUAGCAGUAGCAAAGAGAAGUGCACAUUUUGGGCAAGGAUCCUCGGGUAUGCCAAUUUUGCUUGACGACAUCGGUUGCUCUGGAUCUGAAAGCAGUGUGUUGAGUUGCGGUCAUCGUCCUUUAGGGCAAAACACCUGUGGGCAUGGUGAAGAUGCGGGCGUUAUUUGUACUACAGUGCGGCUCUCAGGAACAAACUCCAGCAGCGUUCAAGGCCGCGUUGAAAUCUUUUUAAAUAACGAAUGGGGUACAAUUUGUGACGAUUCGUUUGACAACGAGGACGCUCAGGUCAUUUGUCGCAUGCUUGGCCUACCAAGUUCGGGAGCUGUAGCAAUAGGCAAUGCAUAUUUUGGCCAAGGAUUGUCGAAUAUGCCUAUUUUGCUUGACGACCUCGGCUGCUCGGGAUCUGAAAGCAGCGUGCUCAGCUGCAGUCACCGACCUAUAGGCCAUGCCGACUGUGGACAUGGCGAAGAUGCGGGCGUUAUUUGUCCCCAUUAGUGUUAAGAAACAGAGUUCGGGCAGCAUGUCGACAUUUCUUUGCAAUGUGUAUGUUGUAAGAAUACUGUAAGAAUAAAGGAGAAGAAAUGAGAAA